UUAGCGUGGAAUUAGUGUCAUUCCUCUAUCGCCGGGAGAAACGGAUUGAUAUCGAUUUUAAUCAGAGAGAGAGAUAGGAGAGGAGGGCAGACACCGGGACGGCGGCGGCGGAGAAGGACUGACGAACGCCGGAGGAGAUGAAGGAUGCGGCGGGGAUGAGGAGAAGAAGAGGAGUGGGGUGAUGCUCUGAGAGAUGAAGGUGGACGUGCUCACUUGCUUGACCGCCGCCAGUUUGGUCGCCGCGGUGACUGGCGGCGGACGAGGAUCGGGACGCAGGAGGCACAAGGAAGUCUUCCUCGGGGAGAACAGCAAGUUCAAGUUUGGAGGACGUAUCGACUACAAACUGAAGCGGCAAGACAGCACCAAAACUCUGCUGAUCAAAACCGAACAGCUCCUUCGCAUCGAAGAGCACGACUUCGCCCUGCGACCCGGCUUCGGAGGAGCUGCCAUCCCUGUGGGCAUCGACGUGCAGGUGGAGAGCAUCGACAGCAUCUCGGAAGUCAACAUGGAUUUCACCAUGACGUUGUACCUGCGCCAUUACUGGAAAGACGAGCGUCUGGCCUUCCCGUCUCGUAACAACCAGAGUCGGACCUUCGACUCGCGCCUAGUGAAGAAGAUUUGGGUGCCGGAUGUUUUCUUCGCGCACUCCAAGCGUUCCUUCAUCCACGACACUACCAUGGAGAACAUCAUGCUGCGCGUUUACCCGGACGGGAACAUCCUGUACAGUGUCAGGGUCACUGUCACGUCUUUGUGCUCCAUGGACUUUAGCAGCUUCCCUCUUGACACGCAGAACUGCUCGCUGGAGUUGGAAAGCUAUGCGUACAACGAAAACGACUUGAUGCUGUAUUGGAAAAACGGCAACGACUCGCUGAGGACCGACGAGAUCGUUUUGUCCCAGUUCUUCAUCGAGCACUUUCAUCCCUCUAGCGGCUUGGCUUUCUACAGCAGCACAGGUUGGUACAAUCGUCUCUUCAUCAACUUCCUCCUGCGGCGGCACAUCUUCUUCUUCAUGCUGCAGACGUACUUCCCCACCAUGCUGAUGGUGGUCCUUUCUUGGGUCUCCUUCUGGAUCGACCGACGGGCCGUGCCGGCCCGCGUCUCUCUGGGUAUAACCACGGUGCUCACCAUGUCCACCAUCAUCACAGGCGUCUCGUCGUCCAUGCCUCAGGUAACAACACUCUGCCCUAAUCUCGAUCUUGCCUACUUCCUGUCAAAUCAUACGCGUUUGCGUAUUCAGGUGUCGUACGUAAAAGCGGUGGACAUCUACUUGUGGACCAGCUUCCUCUUUGUCUUCCUGUCAGUCAUCGAGUACGCGGCAGUCAACUACUGCACCACUCUGGAGGAGAUGAGGAAGAUGAGAAGAGGGAAGCUCCCGUCCACCUUCAACGCCAGCCAAGCCAUGGCCUUCGAUGGCUGCUUCCACGACAACGACAUGGAGCUGACGUCAUUCACCCGGGCGACCCUGGGCGUGAACUCCGAGCGUCUUUCGGCGACCCCGCCGCCAGAGCCUCGGCCCCCAGAGGGGACGCGGCUGCGCCGGCAGCGCUCAGUGCGAGAGAAUGUGGACCUCCUGGUGAGCAACAGCUACAUGAUCGACUCGUACUCCCGCCUGGCCUUUCCGCUCUCCUACCUCCUCUUCAACACCAUCUACUGGAGUCUCUACUCCUGAGAUAAAAAAUAACUGGACUGGUAAACUUUGAAUUCAGCGAUUCUUCCACCAACUACCAGAGGGAGCCAGCGUGCAAACUCGCUUCAAAUGUUUUUUUACAACUGUAUGUUAUUCUUACUCAUACUUGAAUUUGAUGAGCUUCACGUUAUUUACAGUUGCAAGAAUUUAUACUGUAACAAUGACAAUGACAUGGAUUUUUAUUUUUAAGUCUUUGGCAGCCAUUGACAGCAAUAGACGUCCAAUCCAUUUUAACUGGGAAGGGUUUACAGCGGCUCCCAGUUAAAAUGGGUUUGGACUAGGGCUGUCAAAAUUAAUUAAAUUAGUUAAUGGGCAGUAACUAAUUUUUUAAUUAAUCACGUUAAAAUAUUUGAUCCAAUUAACGCACAUGCCACGCUUAAACAGAUUAAAAUGACACCACAGUGUCAUGGCCAGUUGUUACUUGUGUUUUGUCGCCCUCUGCUGGCGCUUGGGUGUGACUGAUUUUAUGGGUUUAAGCACCCUGAGCAUUGCGUAAUUAUUGACAUCAACAAUGGCGAGCCACUAGUAUUUUUUGAUUGAAAAUUUUGCAAAUUUUAUUAAAAUGAAAACAUUAAGAGGGGUUUUAAUAUAACAUUUCUAUAACUUGUACUUACAUUUAUAUUUUAAGAACUAGGAGUAUUUCUAUCCAUGGAUUGCUUUAACAGAAUGUUAAUGUUAAUGCCAUCUUGUUGAUUUAUUGUUAUAAUAAAUACAGUACUUAUGUACAGUAUGUUAAAUGUAUAUAUCCGUCUUGUGUCUUAUCUUCCAUUCCAACAAUAAUUUACAGAAAAAUAUGGCAUAUUUUAUAGAUGGUUUGAAUUGCGAUUAAUUACGAUUAAUUAAUUUUUAAGCUGUGAUUAACUCGAUUAAAAUUUUUAAUCGUUUGACAGCCCUAGUUUGGACGUCUAUAGCGGUCAAUGGAUGUGUUUACUGUCAUUGUCCUUCUGAGUGAAUAAAUUAAAGUAAUCCAUACUUUUUCUUGCAACUGUAUGUAAACAGCCACUACAAAAUAAAGAGA